AUGUGGUUUAUGAGUUUGGAUAUGUCCAAUUGCUUUUGGGCAGUCAAGAUGUCUGAAAGGGCGAAGCUGAUAUCAGCGUUUGUCUGUCCAUUUGGACACUUCCAAUGGACUCGCGUGCCAUUCGGACUCAAGAAUGCGCCGCUGAUAUAUCAGUCGGUUAUCAACAACUGCCUGUGGGGAUUUGUGAGAUUGCCUCCGGAAGAAGAAAUAACCAAGAAUCUGAUAGUGGCCGCCAAAAUAACGAGAGAAGAGACUCACGGAUUCCAUGACCGUUUUCGAAAGGAAUAUUACCAUGCGUUCACACAUUGGCCCGGUAGUUCUUACAUCGACGAUAUUGCCCAUGGUGCAAAAACAUGGGAUCAGCUUUGUGAAGAUGUGGAUACCCUGCUUUAUCGCUUACGUUACUGGAAUAUAUCAAGCCAGUUUGGAAAGCGGUCGAUCUUCUAUCUGUCACACGAGAUUAGUGCAGAAGGUAUCCGAGCGACCCCAAUAGUUGAGAAAGGUACCGUUCCACAAAUCCCACAAAGGUGUGCUAUCGUUUCUCGGAAGUCAAACUACUACCACAAGUUCAUUGAGGACUUUCCGGUAGUGCAACAAUUCUCUAUGAACUUUCAGAAGACCAGAUAUGUCAGGGACGGGAUGUCUCACGAGCUCAUGAAUCUUUCGAACUAA